UCGUUGCAGGUUACUCACCCGAAAGAGCAGUCUCCGCAAACAAAAUACCUGCACAGGUGUAACCCGUCGCACUGCAAACACUCUCCGGAUUUUUUCUGGCAGAGCCGCAGAAGUACGUGAAGGCAACAUUUCGCGCAUAGCAACCACGUCGUGAGGUUCAGUGUACCUUAGCAACCAUGGCGGACGACGUUUUAAUGUUGGAAGAAAAAGACUCAAAGGCCACGCAAGAACAAAAGGAACAACUUUACGAGCGGAUCAAAGAGCUAAAGUGUUCCAAUGCAGCCCUCCUGACAGAAAAUGACAUGUUUGAGCAGUUCAUUAGUCGCAUGGAUCCACUGGACCUGGUGUCCCAGACUGGAGGAGACGGUCCAGGGGCAAAAGGAGCCGUACAGGGUGGGUGGAGGCGGACGUCCCGGUCGACCAUAUCAGAUCGCAUCCCGCUGCUGACCUUGGAACAAAAGCUUCAUGUGGCGCAGAGGGAAGUGAGAGAAACACGACAGGACCGGAAGAAGCUCCGUCAGGAAUGUGAGAGUAUCGAGGACAACCACAAGGCCUCCCUGAAAGAGGCAGAACUGCGUCUAACUGAGAUCAAGAUGGCUAAGAACAAGUUUGAACGCAAACUGCUCAAACCCAUGAAGGACGACAGACUGGAAAUGAGGGAACCAGAGAAGGUGCUCCGGUACAUUGAAGACAAGUUGAUGAUCGCCCAGUUGGAGAAGUUUAAUUUAAAGAACCAGACACUGAAGGCCCAGGAGAAGAAACUUUUGCAGCAGCUCCAACAGAAAAAGGAGACGGGAAAGGCUGAAUAUAAGGAAAUUUACCAGGAGUACGAUGAGCCGAGAAUUGACAUAAACCUGGAUAAACUUCAGACGAGCAGCUCAAAAGUACAGCGUGUUCUCAGCUCAAAGAAGGAUAAGCUGAAGAGUGCGACAAUGGAGUCCGACAAGCUGAGCAGUGACAUCACUAAAAAGAGGCAGAUGCUGGCAAAAAUUGAGGAGGAGAUACAGCUCGUUGAGGAGGAGCGUUUGAAGGCAGAGGCCCUCAACCGACGCCUUCGCCAGCAGCUCACAGACUAUCAGGCUCCAGAUAUCACCAAGUACAUGCACGUCAAGGAAAAACACAAGAAGCUGCGGCAGAGCAUUCACACGUGGGAGAGAAAGGUCAGAGUUGCAGAGAUGUCCCUGAAGACCUACAGUAAAGCUUGGAGCAACCAGAGAGCCGCUCUGACUCCUGCCAACAGUGCUGUUCCUGGGACCAGGUUUGAAGAACAUCAAAUUCCCGGAAAGCUCCCUUCUAUAGACGAACAUAACACAGAACUACUAUAACCUAUUCACUGAUAUUUCACAUUACUAGUUAUCGAGUUUCUGAUUCGACAUAAAAAUUGGAUAAGGUCUUGUAAAGCUUGUAGUAUUACCGUAAAUGUUUAAUUUUUAUUCUAAUAAAAGAUGCUCAGCGCAACACACAUUGUA